GGGCUGAGGAUGCUUUGGAGACCAGCCUGAGAGCCCACACGGUCCACGCCACCAAGCAUGCGUCUGAGAGGCGGCCUGCGCCCAUCCGAAGGAAGAGAAGCAUUGAGGAGGCUGUGCCCGCGCUCUGCAAGACCCGGACGGUCAUCUACGAGAUUCCUCGGAGCCAGGUUGACCCCACGUCCGCCAACUUCCUGAUCUGGCCCCCAUGCGUGGAGGUGAAGCGCUGCACUGGCUGCUGCAACACCAGCAGCGUCAAGUGCCAGCCUGCGCGCGUGCACCACCGCAGCGUCAAGGUGGCCAAGGUGGAGUACGUCAGGAAGAAGCCAAAGUUAAAAGAGGUCCAGGUGAGGCUGGAGGAGCACUUGGAGUGCACCUGCACCACCGCCAGCCUGAACCCGGACUAUCGGGAAGAGGACACGGGAAGGCGUAGGGAGACAGGUAAAAAACGGAAAAGAAAGAGGUUAAAACCCACCUAACGCAGCUGACCAGAUGUGAGGUGAGGACGAGCCGACCCUUCCCUGGGACAUGGAUGUACGUGGCGUGUUACAUUCCUGAACCUACUAUGUACGGUGCUUCACUGCCAGUGUGCGGUCUUUGUUCUCCUCCGUGAAAAACUGUGUCCGAGAACACUCUGGAGAACAAAGAGACAGUGCACAUUUGUUCAAUGUGACAUCAAAGCAAGUAUUGUAGCACUCGGAGAAGCCGUAAGAAGCUUCCUUGUCAGAGAGAGAAAGAGAGAGAAAACAAACCACAAACAUGACACAAACAAAACGGACUCCAAAAUAUCUAACCGGCCGAUGGGACGGAGGGCCGCCCCGCGAGCCGGACGCGGGGGGCUCCGCAGACGGCAUCUCUGUCCGGGUGGUCACAGGUGCUUUUUGCCAAGAACAUGGAGCCUGCUUUUGGGGCGACUCCAGCAGGGGCGCGCGGGGAGCGGGAAUGUCUCGGAGUCGCCAGAUGAACUUGGGGAACCACGCCUCCUGGCUGUAGUGUCUGCGCCCACACCGAAACCUUCCCGAGAGCCUUAAGUGGAAUUUUCUUUUGUACACCAUACAGUGAUUAUUAAGCUUUCCUUUUUACUCUUUGCCUAGCUUUUUUUUUUUUUUUUUUUUUUUUUUAAUUAUCUCUUGGAUGACAUUUACACGGAUAACACAGGCUGCUGUAACUGUCAGGACAGUGCGACGGUAUUUUUCCUAGCAAGAUGCAAACUAAUGAGAUGUAUUAAAAUAAACAUGGUAUACCUACCUAUGCAUCAUUU